CCCAGUUUUUGCCAGCACCGUGUAGCCUCCUCUUUUCUCGAGCUGGAGGAUUGUUUGUGUUGAAAGUGAAAACAGUUCCUUCUAAAAUGGCUCAAAUAAAUUACGACGAACUUCCCGGGCGCUUGAUGGUUGUCAUGCAAAAUCUUUUAACACCUGAUAAUUCAGUAAUUCAGCAGGCAACUCAAGAACUCCGGCUUCUGUUUAAACAUCGGGCAAUGGUAAUGGCCCUGGCUACAAUUAUUUCAGCUUGUCCAGAAGUCCAGAUUCGUCAGUUUGCAGCUGUUUUAAUGAGACGCAAGAUUACAAAACAAUGGAAGAAUUUACCAUCAGAAUUCCAAGCUUCAAUUAAAGCAGCUAUUUUCAGAAUGAUGGAAGAUGAACAAGAGCAUAUCGUACGUGUAGCAUUAGCCCAAGUGUGUGCAGCGAUUGCUAAACGGGAGCUUCCGUAUAGCAGAUGGGAAGAGUUCUACCAAAACCUUAACGUUUGCCUUAAGAGUGGUAAUGUGAAAGACCGGGAGCUUGGUACAAUGGUAUUAAGUUCAGUGUCCGCAUCGGCGGCAGAAUGCAUGAAACCGCAUUUCAAAGGUCUCUUUAACAUAUUCUCAAUGCUUUUAGAAGACACACAGAGCAAGAUGGUUCCUUAUUACACAAUCAAGGGCAUGACAUCAUUGGUCACCUACAUUGGAUCCGAUGAAGUGCCAUUGUUCCGAGCUUUAAUCCCUAAAGUGAUUUUGGUUACGAAAAGCCUCUUAGUUGUCGAUGAGAACCAAGGCUGUGAAGCGAUGGAGCUGUUUGAUGAGUUGGUGGAAUGCGAGGUGUCCAUCAUCGUACCACACAUCAAAGAAAUUGUGGUGUUCUCUUUAGAGGUUGCCUCAAAUCCAAACUUUGGUGGGAAUGCUAGAAUCAAGGCUCUGUCAUUUAUUACUUGUCUAGGGCGCAUGAAAAAGAAGACAAUCUUGAAACAAAAACUUGUUGGUCCAAUCUUGAAAGCAAUAUUUCCCAUUAUGUCAGCAAUUCCAGAAGAUGAUGAGGAGGAAGAAAUUGGAGAGGAUGCUGAAUCAAGUCAUCCAGCCUCUUUUGGUGCUCAGGUAAUAGACAUACUAGCAUUGCAUUUACCCCCAGAAAAACUUGUUCCCCCUUUAAUGCAAAUGGUACGACCUGCACUGGAAAGCCAAGACCCUUAUCACAGAAAGGCUGCUCUGAUUUGUAUAGCAGUUUUAGCAGAAGGCUGUGCUGACUAUAUUCGAAACAAACACCUAGAAGUGAUGCUGCAAUAUAUAUGUAAAGGGAUGGAGGACGAGAGUCAGGUUGUACACAACGCAGCGCUCUUCGCUCUCGGACAAUUCUCGGAGCACCUGCAGCCGGACAUCAGCAAAUACCAUAGUCAUAUCUUGCCCUUGCUCUUCAGGUACUUAGGACUUGCGUCUGAGACGGCAGAUAAAGACCCAGCAGGCAUCACUCGAACGUAUUACGCACUGGAAAUGUUUUGUGAAAAUUUAGGUGAUGAACUCUUGCCUUAUCUGCCAGCCUUAAUGGAAAAACUACUACAUAGCCUUCAGACCUCCAAGGCUGUCCACACAAGAGAAUUAGCAAUUAGUGCCAUAGGUGCCACGGCCAAUGCAGCCAAGCAGAACAUGUGUCCAUACUUUCAGCAGAUCAUGGAGCAUCUUCGGGUGUAUCUACUGGCAUCGGACAUGGGCUUAGCAUUGGUGUUAAAGAUACAGGCAGUAGAUACGCUUGGUGUCUUAGCGCGAACAAUUGGAGAAGAGAACUUUAAACCGUUAGUGGAGGAGAGCAUACAGUUAGGCUUGAAGUUAAUUAAUGAGGUUAAUGAUCCUGACCUUAGGAGAUGCACGUAUGGCCUGUUUGCUUCUAUAUCCACUGUUGUGAAAGAAGAAAUGGCACCACACCUUGACACUAUAGUAAAGAUUAUGAUAGACUCCCUCCAGUCAACAGAAGGAGUAGUGACUCAUUUUAAAGAGGAUGAGAAUGAAAUGUUACAGGUUUUUGGUGAGGAUGAUGGGGAGGUAGAUGAGGAGGAAGAUAUUAGCAUAGAAGGAGAGGACAAUGAAGAUGAUGAAGAUAUAGAAGGAUACAGUGUUGAGAAUGCAUAUUUGGAGGAGAAGGAAGACACCUGUAAUGCACUGGGUGAAAUAGCAGAUAAUUGUAGUUUAGCAUUUCUGCCACAUAUUGAUGAAUGUUUCUCUGAAAUCAUGAAAUUGAUCGAGUAUCCGGCCAGCAACAUCCGGAAGGCUGCCCUCUGCUGCAUGGGUUCAAUCUGUCGGGUUUUGUCAAGAGCACAGGGAACAAUUGACAAUGGAGGUGAAGUAUUUGCAAAGGCCUUGGAGAAGGUUAUACCUUGUUUUAUCAACGUCAUCAACACAGACUCUGAAAGGACAGUCGUCAUGGCAACACUAGAGACAAUAAAUGAGAUGCUGAAAGAGGGCAGCAGAUCAAUGGUUUCUGAGCAAAGUCAUGUGUCAAGUAUCACAAGUGCAAUAAGAAAUGUACUGCAAUUAAAGACAGCUUGCCAAGAUGAGGAUGAUGAGGAGGACUACGAUGAGGACCCUCAGCAGGCGGAACAUGAUGAAAUGUUGAUUGAAUAUGCAGGUGAAAUCAUCCCGUCCCUGGCAAAAGCAAUGGGUGGCCAGGCUUUUGGCCCAUACUUAGCAGGAGCCCUGCCACUUCUUGUAAUGAAGACGAAAAAGUCCUGCACCGUAGCGGAGAAGUCAUUUUCAAUUGGCACUCUCUCGGAAACGAUCAUUGCAAUGGAAGAUUGUAUUCAGCCGUUUGCCGGUCACCUCGUUCCCGUCUUUGUCCAAGGUAUGCAGGAGGAUGAUGCAGAAGUACGCAGUAAUGCAGUAUUCGGUAUUGGUGUGCUAGCUGAGCAUGGAAAAGAAACUGUUUUCUCACAUUACCCAGUCUUAUUAAGUGCUAUUUCAAGUUUAAUUGCUAAGGAAGAUGACCAACGAGUAAUUGACAACAUAUGCGGUGCUGUUGCGAGACUGGUGUUGACCAACACUGAAGCAGUUCCUGUCUCCCAGGUUCUUCCACGGCUUGUUCAACUGCUGCCCUUGAAGGAGGACAAGGAAGAGAACAACACAGUGUUCCGCUGCAUCCAUCAUUUGUACGGUACCGCUCAUGAAUCCAUCCCACCGCUUAUUCCACAGCUGCUUUUGGUCUUUGCGCAGGUGCUAGGUACUACAGAAAUCAAUGAAGUGACGCAGGGGCUCAUUAUUCAAAUCGUUCAGAGUGUUCACAAUCAAAAUCCUGAUGAUUUCAAUAAGCUACUGUCAUCCUUACCGCAAGACCUUGCAAGCAGGCUCUCAGCUGUAGCAUGCUGCUCAUCGUAGCAGUAGUGAGGACAAGCUGGCUCCCAACUGUGGCUUGCUGCUCAUCGUACCAGUAGUGUGGACAAGCAAUUCUCUCAGCUGUGGCAUGCUGUUUAUUGUAGCAGUAGUGUGGACAAGCAGACUAUUAGCUGUGGUAUGCUGUACAUUGUAAACAUCAGUUGGGUGGCAUGCUUAGAAGUUACAUGGACAAGCCGACUACCAGUUGUAGCAUGCUGCUCAUCUUAGCAGUUCAGUGCUACAACCAUCAGUUGUAGCAUGCUGUUCAUUUUAGCAAUUACAUGGAUAAGCAGACUAUAAGUUGUAGCAUGCUGUUCAUCUUAGCAGUUACAUAGAAAAGCAAAUAUUAGCUGUGCAUGCUAUUCAUCUUAGCAGUUACGUUGAUAAGCAGACUAUUAGCUGUGGCAUGCUAUUAUCUUUAGCAAUUACAUGGAUAAGCAGACUAUAAGUUAUAGCAUGCUGUUCAUCUUCGCAGUUAUAUGGAAAAGCAAAUACUAGCUGUGCAUGCUAUUCAUCUUAGCAGUUACAUGAAUAAGUAGACUGUUAUUAGCUGUGGCAUGCUAUUAUCUUUAGCAAUUACAUGGAUAAGCAGACUAUCAGUUGUAACAUGCUGUUCAUCUUAGCAGUUACAUGGAAAAGCAAAUAUUAGUUAUGCAUGCUGUUCAUCUUAGCAGUUACUUGGAUAAGCAGACUAUUAAAUGUGACAUGUCAUUCAUUUUAGUAGUUCCAUUGAUAAGCAGACUACAGUUAAGCUUGCCUAAGUCGACUUCGCCUAACUUGAAUAAUUUCUAAGUUGAUCUUAUUUUACAUGCCAAAUUGUUGUGGUUUCCAUAAUUAACGAUCUGCAAGUCAAAUUUUAUCCAAGUCAAACAAUUUUUCAAUGCCAGUUUGACUUUAGGCAAGUUCUACUGUAUUAGCUGUGCCACGCUAUUCUUCUUAGCAGUUACACGGGCAAGCAGACUAUCAGCUGUGACAUCCUAUUCAUCUCUCUGCUAUUCAAUUUUCCUGAUCAUCUCCAAGGAGGAUUAACCAAAUCAUCGAGAAGAGGAAACUUUAAUAAAAUAAACUUAAUUAAUUGAAUAAUUCUUAAUUGUAUUUAUGAUUAUUUUUCAUAUUAGGAUGAUAGGAAUGCACAACUCAUUUAAAUAUUACCAAAGUUUUCUGUCAUUUUUUAGAAUAAUGUGUAAAAUUUUCAUUUUUUAUACCAGACAGUAUGAUAGAUCAUGUGCAUGUUAAAAUUAAUGAAAUAAGAAUGUAUGUAUAUACACGUGUUGGUGUUAAUUGUGACACUGCCACACCAAAAUACUUAUACUAUUAUUUAUGGUGAGCCAACAUUUAUCUUGCAAUCCUGUUAAAAUGCAAACAUCCUUAAGUUUUAAAUUGCAAUCAUUUUCUCUGAGUGUUAAGGAUGCACUGUCUGUAAAGAGGAAAAUUCAAAAAUUAGCUGGUAAAUCAAUUUAAGGGUUUUUGUAGUAAAAUGUGUCUAAUAAGCAUAAACCAUUUUUGUUUCUGAUUGGAACUUGGCAGUUAAUGACUUAUUUGAUAACUUCAAAUAAGCUUAUAAAUAUUACAUUUUUUUUUUUUUUUUU